UGUCAAUGUGAUAUUUUCUUUUCUAGAUUGUUCAUUUCAAUUUUCAAGGCAUAAAUUUCAAGUUUCAAUCACAUUUAUGAAUUUAAAUUAUUGUAAUUGGUCACUACUCCCUGGUUUGAGAGCACAUUCGGUAUUUUAUAGACUUAAGGCUAAUUAAUAUUCAUUGUUUAAACUAUUGAGUAGUAACCAGUGUCCGGCUUUUACAAUUUGAAAUAGAAAUCAUUGCAUAUUAUAAAGACGAUCUAUUAUGUCUAACACCAAGAUGAAUGAGUUGCGGAGCGACAUAGAUGAGUUAAAAGUUCUAUUAAACCAGGCAAAUCGUAAAAGGGUGCAAGAUUUUUUAUCUUUAGAAAUUCGUAAAUUGGAAACAGAGUGGAUUAACCUGAAGGAAAACAUGAAAGAGACUCCAUUGGAAGUUGUUACACCUGCACCAUCAGUAUCUGCUCAAAAGAAGAGGUUUCAGAUUAAAUUAAAUGGAUAUGGCUGGGAUCAGUCAGACAAGUAUGUAAAGGUAUUUGUCACUCUAAAAGAUGUUCAGACUAUACCAAAAGAGCGAGUUACCUGUAAUUUAACCGAGAAGUCCAUGGAACUGUAUGUUGAAGACUUGGACAGCAAGGAUUACAAAUUGGUGAUCAAUAAUUUACUUUAUCCCAUUAAUGUUGCUGAAUCGCAUUGGAAACAGAAGACAGACAUGGUUGUAAUAUUCCUUGCAAAAUCUGAACCCACCAAAUGGUCCCAUAUGACUGAAAUAGAGAAAAAAUUUGAAGACAAACGUAGUAACCGUUUGAAGCCAGAACCAGUUGAAACUGAUAAUAAGGAUCCUCAGGCAUCUAUUAUGAGUCUCAUGAAAAAUAUGUAUGAAACUGGUGAUGAUGAAAUGAAGAGAAUGAUCACCAAAGCCUUCUAUGAAGGGCAACAAAAAAAUAAAACUAACACUUUAGAUUUGUGAAUUAGGUGUUAACUGGUAUUUAGCUCUAAGUUAAAUUGUAAUCUUAAGUUUUGAAAUAAAAACAUAUUUCAAAUAA